UGAAGAAAGCGUAUAUAGAAAUAGUGUGGUUUAGUCUUCCUUUCCUCUCCUUCACGCCUUUCCCAUUUUUGUUUUUCUUUCUCUCUCAAAUUCUCUACUUCCCUUUUCUAAUCAACCAAACAAUCCCUUUCUUCCUCCUUGACAUUUUUCUCUGUUCUUUGACUGAAAACCUUUGGGUUCUUUUUCUUCUUCCUGUUUGUUUCUUAAGAAACUGCAAGAAACUUCAGGAAAAAUCAAGUUUAUCUUUCCAGAUUUGAGAGUUUGAUUAACUUUUUACCUUCUCUCAACAAACCUAUGCUUUGUUUAACUUAAAUUUUGUUUGGGUUGAUUUUUGGAAAGAGUUGAAGAACAAAGCAGUUUAUUUUGGACUUUUUUUUUGUUUGCAUUUUGUUUCUGUUCUUCCUCUGUUUCUAGGCAGCAAGCGGAGGGCUGAUAAUAGAUAGAAAGUUGAAAGUGAGAAUGCUGGGGACUGGGUUGCAAUUUGGGAAGGUUCGAGGAGAGGAUCGGUUUUACAUUCCAGUAAAAGCUAGAAAAAAUCAAAACCAAGCACAAAAACAGAAGCAAAAACAGGAAGUUGUUAAGGAAGAUAAUGAGAAAAGUAGUAGUAAUUGGUCAUCAUCACCAGCAAAGAACAGGGCUUUAGCUUCUGAUAAUAAUAAUAAUAAGAAGAAUCCUAAGGAGACUUUGGUUUCAAGUACUGUUCCGUGCUCUGAGGAAACUGGGGUCUCAAGGAGUAACCUUGAAAGGUUCCUGGAGUCGACCAGGCCUUCGGUCACGGCUCAAUAUUUUUCGAAGAAAACGAUGAGGGGACGGAGGACUUGUGAUGUGGAGUUUCAGCCUUACUUUACCUUGUCUGAUUUGUGGGAGUCUUUCAAGGAAUGGAGUGCAUAUGGCGCUGGGGUGCCUUUGGUACUUGAUGGGAGUGAUGGUGUUGUUCAGUACUAUGUUCCAUACUUGUCAGGGAUCCAAUUAUAUAGUGAAUCUAUGCAGGCAAAUGCUAAGCUGAGGCUAUCUGGAGAAGAGAGUGAUGGUGACUACUACAGAGAUUCAAGUAGUGAUGGAAGUAGUGAUUAUGAAAUAGACAAAGGCAUUAAAUUUCCUAGAGAACAGCGUAGUCGAUUCAAUUUGACAAAUGAUAUCCAUUUUGGAGUUAGCAGUUUCUCCAUAAGUGAUGAAAACAGUACACUGCAUGAAGGCUUUUUUAGUGAUGAUAGUGAAGCUGGGAACUCUCGAGAUCGCCUGCUGUUUGAGUUUUUUGAGCAUGAUACUCCUUAUAGUCGUGAACCCUUGGCAGACAAGAUAUUUGAUCUGGCUUGCGAGUAUUCUGGUUUGAAGACAUUAAGAAGUUGUGACUUACUGCCCAUCAGUUGGAUAUCUGUUGCAUGGUAUCCCAUAUACCGAAUACCUACAGGUCCUACAUUAAAAGAUUUGGAUGCUUGCUUUCUAACAUACCAUUCCCUUUGCACACCCAUAGAAGGCAGUGGAAGUGGCCAAACACCAUUUGUAGUAUAUCCUGAUAAGGCUGAUGGUAUACCGCAGAUUUCACUACCUGUUUUUGGAAUGGCAUCUUAUAAAUUUAAAGGAUCCAUGUGGACACAGAAUGGCGUGAGCGAGUGUCAACAUGCUAAUUCCCUUAUGCAGGCUGCAGAAAACUGGCUAAGGCUGCAUCAGGUCAAUCACCCAGAUUUUCAGUUUUUUGCCUCACAUGGGAUGUACCUCUAGUGAAAUCAAAUCAAGAUAUAAGUCAGUCCGAUUCUUGCUUUUCCACACUGCAAACAAAUCAAUGCCCUAAACUUGCAUGCUAAAUGCAUGGUCAAACUGAGGUUAAAUGCUAUAAAUAUUUGGUACAGUGGUGGCAUACCAUUUGAGGGAUUUUUUUCUGGUUCAGAUUUCCUAUUUACUUACAGAGCAAAGAAAAGAAAGGAAAAAAGAAGCUGAAAUGGUUAGACCUUCAAGCAUUGUAAAGCAGAAAGCACAAAAGAUAAUGAUAUAACGAAGAGAGUGGAAAAAUUCAUGGCAUCAGAUAAAGCCUGAUUACUGAGUUGGGCGAUGCAUAUGAUACUGAGGGAUCGAGAUGAUAUGGUGGCAGUUGAGCUACUGAGUUUUGAAGAUGGUUUUACAAGCUGCUGGGAGAAUAAGAUAUGGCCAUGAUCAGACUUUCUUAUUUAUAUUAUAUUUACAUUAUGAUGAUAGUGGGAAAUAAUAGGUAUAUGUAUAGGUUCCCAUGAAUAUGUGAUGUGGUUGAUGUACAAGACGGCUGGACUUUUGGGCUAUGCCUUUGAUAUAUGCUAGCUUAUGAUAAUAUAAAGUAACAAGAAGAUAAAUGGUUGAGACUUUUUAUCUUUUUGCAUAUUUGUUUGC